AUGCCUAUGCCUCAACUAAAUGAUAAUACAAGUCAGCUGAAUAAUAUUGAAAACAAUUCUCCUGUUACAAAUAGAAAUCCAAAUUGGCAACACGAAAGUUUUCAGUUACCAAAAGGGUGGGCGCUAAAAGAGAAACAGACCUUUGGAGGCAAAGGAACUGGAAAAAGAAUGACCAAAAAGGGCUGGAUUAGUAGGUAUGCGGUAGCAUUAAAAGACCAAGCUACAAAGACGGCACUUCAAAAUAAGAAAUAA